AUGGUCCGGCGUGGAAGUAGAACAUCAGGGCCCUCGUCAGUAAACAACACUACAUCCUCUUCGGGUUCAAGCGAAGCUCAUUGGAAGUCGGGACGAGCUCAUUCUGUGCACAGCGCCGAAACGAGCUUAGCGAAAAGCGGAAAAAGUGACAGCACCGACAGCAGCCCAGCUUCACUACAGAGCUCAAGCCCUUCAGUUCACAAGAAAGGCGGUGCCAAAGUAGCUCGUUCAAGCAGCAAUUGGCGUGGCUCACGUGGCGGUGGCACUUCGGGACGGAGCGCCAUCAUGGACUCCAAGUUCAUGAUCACAAGCGAGGACUUCCCAGCUCUUCCAGGUGUUCCGGGAAUGCGCAACUCUCACGGAGGAACUUCUCAUUCUACUCCGUCAAAGUAUCAAAAAAGGGAAAGAGAGAAAGACACCGGAAAACAUUUUAAUGGUGAUUUGGCUGUUGCGGAUGAUAGUGGAAUCUCCUCGAGCCGAGGGGCAACACCAACUGAGGUCGUUGGAAAUGGCCGAGUUACUUCGAGAAUCAGCAAAGGCGACUUCGACGGCAAGAAGAAAUCUUCAUGCGGUCCUUUGUCGGUGGAUAGUGGCAAGAGAAAGAACGGUUCGCCAGUGAAAGAACGGCCACCACGCGGGAGUCUCAAACACAGUCGUUUCGCUCAAAAUCAAGCAGUCGUCGUUUCUUCUCCAAAAAAGAUUCCCAUAAAAAUUAUCUUCUUUCAGAAGACGAUCCAUGCAAAUGCAGCUAACACUGCCCCGUCUUUCAUGAAACUUUCGAAAAUCGGGCAGAAAGUUCCUGAAAGAAGAGGAGGACCUCGUGUGCACAAUCAUUCUCCGCAAUCGGCAACUUCAGCGGAAAACGACAAGGAGAAUAAUACACCGAAGAAAGACACUAACCACAUUGUGCCGUCGGCUCCAAAAAUUGAGCAGAAUGUAGAUAUUCUUUCCGAAAUUAGCAGGGAAGAGCUCAAGGAGCUACCCAAAGAUGUUGAUGUGGUGCCCGACAGACCAAUGAAGAAGAUGUCAGCUGGAAAUCUUGCGAAUGUCGCUAACGUUCCACCUUACUGCAUCUUCCAUCCAUCGGAUGUGCCAAAAAUAAUACUUGGUCCAAACGGAGAAAUGACCAACAUUCCAUCAACUAUGCUGACUGAUCAGUUUGGAAUGGCUGCGAUGCUGCCGAUUCUCGAUAUCGUCAAAAACAGAUCGGUUCAUGCGAAUGUUGCAUCUCUCACCGAGGAAGAGUUGCGCGAAAAGGUCACCAAUGAGAACAUCGAAAUGACUUCGAUCGGAUUUGACCUGAAUGAAUUGGGCGUUCCGAUGAAGACUCAAGAACCAAAUCCCAAGAAAAUCUGGGAAUCGUUCUCUGGCCCAUUCGGAACUCAGCCAUUGUUGCCAACUAGUAUGGGGUUGACAUACAACCAAGUUCCAAGCGUUUACUACACUGGACGUACGCUGCAGGCGAAUUUCGAUAUGCUGCUCAAUAUACCGGAGAAGUUCGGGGUUCACGAGCUCUUCUACAUAUUCUACAACCUUCCCAAAGAAGUCUGGCAGUUGAAUGCCGCUCGUGAAUUACAGUAUCGUGGAUGGCGCUACAAUAUAAAAGAGAAACUUUGGGUUCUCAAAAAGCUUGGUGAUAGAGAGGAGUGUAAGUUCCAUAACUCUAUCCUACUUAUUUCCCUGUUUAUUUCCUAUUCAGUCACCCCAACGCCUCCUCAAAGUGCCUUCACUCCAUCGAGACCAAAUCAGGAAGACGUGAUGGUCGGUGUGUUCGAAAUUUAUGAUGCGGAAAAAGCUAGAAUUUGCUCCGCUGAACUGGUCCUUUGUCGUUCGGAUUUCGAGGUACCAGCUUGGGAACAGAAGGUUCCGGACAACUAUCAACGUAUGCUGGCAACCGUAUUCUCGAAAGAGGCCUUGUGGGGACCACGAGAGGAUCGCAAGAAUUUCGGAUUCAUGCAGGGAAUUUCAGGAAUAUUCCCAAAUAUGAGGGUCAAAGGUGCAGCUAAUCUUACCAUUUCGAAACCUACACAACCGUCAGAACGCCGUCUUUUGAGUUUUGUUGAUUCGCCUGAUGUCACUUCGAACUUUGAGAGUCCGUUUGGAAGCGUUCAACAACCUACCACUGAAGAUAUGCAUCGUCAGCAGCAGAUGUACGCUUUGUUAGUGCAAAAGAUGCAAAUGCAAAGUCUUCAAAACCAACAACAACAGCUCCAUCAACAUCUCAAUAUGUCGAAUCAACCAUCUACCUCUUCAAUGUCCGCAUCUAAUUAUUUCCCAAAUUAA